AUGUGCUCAAGUCAAGCAAUUGUGCGGCGGCCGUUAUUCUCGAAAUCUAAUAUCGAGCUCAUCAAUGCGCUACGAGCAAACUUUGUUGCCUACAAGCACCAUCACCACAGCGGUGCCAACCACGAAGAUUUCGACUACCAGCAGUGGACCACGCAGGAAGAUGAUACGCUAUAUGUACCGUCAUGGCGACCAACGCCACUAACCGAACCUCGCGACUCCUACGAUGUCACGGCGAAGCUAUUCUUUCUGCCCUCCAUACCGUCCGAGCGGCGCUGCAAACAUACCAGAGAAGCCAUUGAUCUGGUGUUGAAAGAGUUGGGCAUCGACAGCAUUGAUCUUCUGAUUGUGAGUUAUCCCGGCGUCAGCUUUGAUGCGGAUGACGAAGAGGAUGGUUCUGCGGACGAAGACGAGAGCGCUGUCAGCGAUGAGUCUCAAGGGUUGGAUGCGCAGGUAAGGACAUGGAAAGUUUUGGAAUCGCUCCAUGAACAAGGAGUAAUAUCACAACUCGGAGUGUCAGAGUUCAGUUCGGAACGCCUCAGCAAAUUCUUGCCAGAGGUGAAAGUGCGGCCAACGGUGGACCAGAUCAAUGUCAAGGACUGCUGCGUUGUGCCCAAGUCGCUCAUCAUGUAUGCCAAAGAAAACAACAUCGAGCUGUUGACUCAUGCCGACUGCACGGAUAUCCUCCCGCCUGGAACAACGAGGGAACUGCUGGGACCGGGGAAGGACGGCGCCAAAAUCAUCGCGGCACGCCCAGAUGCUGGUCCCGAGGAGCCUGGUCUGAAGGGGGAUGUGGAGCCUCAGUGGGUGAUCAAAUAUACGGCCGUGGUGAAGAACCGGGGCGUCAUUGAGAACAAGGGAUAUUUUGCUGUUGCGCAGUUGGGGCAUUGUAUUGAGGCCAAACCGGUUGACUCAAUAUAA